GCAAAUGGUGGUGCUGCAUCCAUGCAGAUGAUGAUGAUGAUGAAUGACAACCGAAGAAAAUUAGGAAGUUUCCAGAUAUGCGCACUAUGCACCUGCUGUGGUGGCGCCAAAGGGAUCUGCUUGCCCUCUCCAUGUUGCUAUGCCAUCAAUUGCAACAUUCCCAAUAGACCUUUUGGCUUCUGCUCCUUCACCCCUAAAACAUGCAAUUGCUUUCAAUGCCAUCUUUAGUUCUUUCUCUUCACACUUUUUCACCUUCGAAUCAUGAUACUAAUUCGGGUAUUAUAUUCGGGUGUGGUGUGGUGGGAGAAUAGGACAUUCAAGCCUUAGCUACAAACCUCCCACAUUUGUAAUGUUUUUUGCUUCUUCUUUUUUUUUUCAUGAUGGUUCGUGUAUCAAUGCAAUUAGCCUUGGUAUGUGUAUUAUUCUCUCUUUUCUAUGUGUUUUAUGAUGCUACUAAUGUCAAGUUAUUAAUAAAGCAAGAAUAUUGCACUUCUGUGUUGCUAAA